AUCUCAGAUCUGAUGGAUAUAGGCGGCGUGAUAGAUCUGCAAGGGGGAGCGAUAGAGGCGCCGUUCCGCGGCGGAUCUACAUGGGAUGCUUCGUGACAGAUCUACAAAGGGGAGAGUUGGUGCGGCGGCAUUGUAAGGAGUGGUGCGGCGGUGAUGUACUGCAUGCACUUCGGGUGGAUUUGACGGAGGCAAUGCUUCAAAAUGAAACCCAAUUUGUAGAUGGCGCCUACAUCUACAGCUCUGACGACAAGGAGGAGGACGAGGUAAUCGUUCUCGAGAAUAACGAGAAUGUUGCCGAUGUUGCCCCGGUCAAAGCGAAAGAGCUAAUCGACCUUACCUCUGAAAGCGACUCUGUUAUUCAUCUGGAGAGCGAGGAGGUUGAGGUCAUAGUUCUUGAAACUGAUACUGAUGGCACAGAGGGAUCUGAUAUCACUCCAAUUUAGAAUUCUUCCCAGAUCUACUCAUGCAUGCACCUCCACAUUGAUAUGUUGAACAUCUUACUUCCCAGUCCAGACCCUAAUUUUUGGGCUUCGAAGUACAAUUAAAUAAAAUAUAUAUUAUAUUUUUUCCAUCAUCUCUGAUGGAGCCAAAAUUUCACCAUUUUUUGGCUUUGGGGUGUGAUGGAAUAAAUCAAAAUGGAUCUCUAAACUGUCUGCGCUUCUUUAAUUAAUGAAGUAGCAGUUAGUCAAGCAAUGCAACUUUCGACGUUGAGCCGGGGGUCUCUUUGGAAACAGCCUCUCUACUUUCGAGUAGGGGCAAGGUCUACGU